CGCAGGUGCCGGGCGCAGGUCCGUCCCGCGCGUGGGGGCCGCCGGCGACUUUUGUCCCCGCGCGGCUGUGCGUGGAGGAGUCGCGGAUGGAGGCGCCCGCGCUUUCGGGGUUCCGCGACCGGGCCCGACGGGGCUGGGGACGGUGACCGCGGGCAGGGGCGGGGUGGAGGCCGCGUGCGAGCAAAACGCGCUGACAGCCCACCCACACGCGCGGGUCCGUCACGCGCGGCUCUCGCAGCACUCACGCCGCAGCUCGGGCUCCGCGGCCUUCGCGCCCGCGCCAGGCUGGUCCCCCGCGCUUGCCGUACCGCGGGCCGUACCAUCGCUCCCGCGAGGGGGGUUCGGGAGCAGCGGAAGAAGGCGGCCGCAGGGCGUGUGUGAGUGUAGGGGGCGAAGCCGGGCGCCCCGGAGGACGCGCGUUCCGCCGAUCCCGCCGCCGGCCCGGCCUUCUCCCCACCGCCCCCGGCCCGCCCGGCAGCGGCGGCGGCGGCGGCCUCGGGCUUCGCUGCGUUUCCCGGCCGCGGCAGGUUUCAACACUAAACUUGCACAAUGUCUUUGAAACCAAGAGUGGUAGAUUUUGAUGAAACCUGGAACAAGCUGUUAACGACAAUCCGAGCAGUUGUCAUGUUGGAGUACGUCGAGAGAGCAACCUGGAACGAUCGCUUCUCAGAUAUCUAUGCUUUAUGUGUGGCCUAUCCUGAACCCCUUGGAGAAAGACUAUAUACGGAAACUAAGGUUUUUUUGGAAAAUCAUGUUCGGCAUUUGCACAAGAGAGUUCUGGAGUCUGAGGAGCAAGUGCUUGUAAUGUAUCAUAGGUAUUGGGAAGAGUACAGCAAGGGCGCAGACUAUAUGGACUGCCUGUACAGGUAUCUCAACACCCAGUUCAUUAAAAAGAACAAGUUGACAGAAGCUGACCUGCAGUAUGGCUAUGGUGGUGUGGACAUGAAUGAGCCUCUCAUGGAGAUAGGAGAGCUGGCACUGGACAUGUGGCGGAGGUUGAUGGUUGAACCUCUUCAGGCCAUCCUCAUCAGAAUGCUAUUGCGCGAGAUCAAAAGGUGAGUGCUGGUGCCCCUCCAGGACCAGUCUCCAGGCCGCCCCGCCCACC